AUGCUCUACGAGGGUAGUCAUUACUCGCGGUCUUAUGGUGGGUUGACACCCGAGAUUGCGCAAUUGACAAACGACGAGAUUCGCGAGUAUCACGGUCGUUACUAUCAUCCCGAAAACAUAUCGAUUGUGGUGCAGGGGUGUGUAGACACUGAGCGAUUGUUGGACGCACUUGCCAACGUCGAUAUGGGUGAUGGUAUAGUCGGAGUGGUUGGCAGUCCUUUCCACGACGCCAAGUCACCCGUCUAUCUCCCAUGGAUGGAGGAAAUCCCACCACUCGUCGAUUCAAAAGUACAAACUAUCCGAUUCCCAAGUGACGAUGAAUCGGUUGGAUCCAUCACCAUGGGUUGGAGAGGUCCCCAUAUUCAAGAUACUCAUACCCUUACAGCUCUAUCUGUCCUCACUCGAUACCUCAAUGGAAAUACCUCAUCCCCUCUUCCACAAGAAUUUGUUCACAUCUCCUCUCCCCUUGCAAAUAAUAUCUCAUUCUUUGUUCAAGAAGUUAAAUCUACAAAAUUGGUUAUAGAAUUUUCUGGUGUUCCUUUUAAAAAAGAAAAGGAAUCUGAAUCUGAAACUGAAAGUGAAGAUGAUGAAGAUGGAGAAGGUGAAGAAGAAGAAGAAGAAGGAGAUGAGGAAGAAGGAGAUGAAGAAGAAGGAGAUGAGGAAGAAGAAAAGAAGAAGAAAAAGAAAAAGAUAAUAGAACCAAAUAUAAUUUAUAAUAGAUUAAUUAAAUUAUUAAAUGAAUUAAAAGAGAAUGGAUUAGGAAAAGAAUUGAUGAAUCAAGCAAUUGAUAGAGAAAAGGUAAAGAUUUAUGAAGGAUAUGAAGAAGAUCCAAUGGGAAUGGUAUUUGGUACACUUUUGAGUGAUAUUUGUUUCCCACCACACAAUGCAAAGACGGUAGAGGAAGCAAGAGCAACGAAAAAGGAUAUUUCAACUAGAUUUGAUAUGCUUGAAAGUUUGGACAAGUUGGUUGAUGUGGAUCGUAGUUUUUGGGUGGAUUUGUUGGAUCGAUACAUUUUAAAUGCUCAUCAUGUCGAAGCCAUCAUGGUACCAGAUCGUCAAUUGGCCGUUGAAAUGGGUGAAUCGACAAAGAAUCGUCUUGCUGAAAGAUGUUUACAACUCAAAGAAGAAGGUCUCAAACAAAAGGAUGAAUACUUGAAAGCAUGCAUUGAAAGUAACAAAUCAUUCCCAGAGUCGUUUAGAUCAAAGUUGCCUGCCACUAUACCACCCAUUAAAAAUAUUCCAAUGAUUCCAUUGACCGUUGGUUAUGAAUAUUCAGAAGAUUGGACCAUUCAAAAGGUUGGCAUCAACACUAGAUUCCCUCAAAUCUAUACAUACUUUUAUUUGCAAGAAUUGCCAGGUCAUCUCAGACCUUAUCUCACUAUAUUCAACAGUUUGUUGUUUGAGACAGACAUUGUGACAAAGGAUGGUACGCGUAUCGAUUACAAGGAAGUGUGCGAGCUUAUCUCAAGAGAGACAGUUUCGCUUGAAGGUGGAUGCGGCUUUUCAAGUGGUGUGUUUAGUUGUUGGACCGCCGAGUUGUUUAGAGUGGUUGGUACAUGCGAACCAACCGAACAGGGCGUACAGAAACUGGUACAUUGGAUGACCAACUGUCUGUUCAACAUGGAUAUUACAAAGAAGAGGUUGGUCAGUGUUGUUAAUAACCUCUUGACGUCACUCAAUGAGACGAGUCGUGACUCUUCGUCUGUUUGCACGUCGUAUUCGGCGUAUCAGCUGAUUGGAGACACAAAAAACAGCAAUGAAGGACAAAUCUCAAUCUAUGAGCAAAAACAUUUCUUGACACAUCUCAAAGCACAACUCAAACAAGACAAGGAAGAGCCGUUGGCACAGAUCGUUGCCAAUAUUCUUGGUAUCCAACAACACAUGUUGUCCAACCCGUACAAGAUGUUUGUGCAGAUUGCAUACACACCAUCAAUGCCAUUUGAAACAAUCAAUACCAUCUUUACAAAGGUGUGGAAGGAGCAGGUCGCUCAACACGCAGUCAUUGGUUCAUUGUCUGACGUGCGUCGCUAUUAUGAGCAUACGGGUGACAACCGUCUUCCAGGACAGAUCGAGUUUUUCAGUCCACUCGCAAGACACCCUGUGCGUAUCCCCGCAACCACCGUCGCUCAUCAAGUCGAGAUUAAGAGUUCCGAAACCAACAACAUGACACAGAUGGUUGAUUUCCCAAUUAAACUCGUACACGCCGACUAUGCGCCGUCGGCACUACUAUGCGAUCUCUUCCAUUCCAAGGAAGGAGAGAUCCGUAGCAAGGGCUAUGCCUAUGGCAACAGCCUUACCAUCGACACGACCAAGUCGAUUAUCAGCUUCUCAAUCACCGAUGCAACCAACCCGGUCAAAGCACUAGAGUGUUUCCACAAGUUCCUCAUAGAGUUGCCCGCCAAGAUCAACGAGUUGGCAGCACCCUAUGAACUCGAGACCACUGUCUCUACCGAAGUCUAUGACUUUUAUUCAACAAAGACAACACCAUCCGAGGUUAUCUACGAGGCUCACAUGUCACUCUUUAAGGGACUACCCUCACUAGACUCUGACAUUAACCUAUUGGCCCGGUUCCAAAAGGUCACAGCAGCAGACAUUCUCACAGUCUACCACAAAUACUUUAAAUAUUUUAUCCCACCUUGCAAACGUACCGAAGCCACUGUUGGUGCCUAUCCCUAUCUCAACGAUCACGCCUUUUACAUUGCCGCCACCAAUCCCUCUUCGUCGGCCACUUUUACCACGCAGUUCAAAUCAGAGUUUGACGUACAAUUCAAACAAACACCCAUUCCCACACUCUUUAAAACCUUUAAACCUCCUAAAUUGGUUGGUUUACCAAAAGAAAGAAAUAUGACAAGACCAAAACCAAAACCUCAAAUUGGUGAUGAAUAUAUCGUAGAAGAAGAUAGUCAAAGUAAAAGCACUAGAAAAAAGGUUAAAAAACAAUAA